AUGGCCUCAGUACCAGCCCUUGUGGUUGUUGACAUGCAGAAUGAUUUUUGCCCACCCAACGGUACUUUACCAGUGCAGGACGCUAAGGAUACAUUGCCACUCAUCAACAAGCUCUUGGAGAGCAAAGCCUUCAAAUACAAGGUAGCGACCAAGGAUUGGCACCCUCCCGAUCAUGUCUCGUUCGCUGCCAACCACCCCGAACCCAACAACAAGCCGUUCGAAUCUUUCAUCGAGAUGAGCAAUCUUAUCGCAAACAAGCCUGACGAAAAAAUGCAACAGCGUUUGUGGCCGGUGCAUUGUGUGCAAAACACGAAAGGUGCUGAACUCGUGCCAGAACUCAAGAUCGAUCGUGUUGAUCUUAUCGUUGAAAAGGGCUCAGAUCCACGCGUUGAGAUGUAUUCCGCUUUCUCAGACUCCUUUGGCAACAUGACAGCUGGCGAAGGAGGGGUCAAUGUUGAUCUGGCGAAAGUCCUCCGUGAGAAGGGUAUCACGCAUGUCUAUUGUGUUGGUAUAGCUGGAGAUUAUUGCCUCAACUAUACAGCGCUUGAUUCAGCAAAGGCCGGCUUCAAGACGAUUGUAAUUGAGGAAGCGCAACGGUCUGUCGACCCGAGCACUUGGCCCAAUGUCCUCAAGGGUUUCAAAUCCAAUCAAGUUGAGGUCGUCAGCGAGGACAGCGACCAGGUACAGCAGCUGUUAGCCUAA